AUGGGCUUUCGGAAGUGCUUCUUACGUGGAACAGCACAGACCAUUCUAAACCGGAUUUUGGCGAAGGGUAAAGGGAGGGUUAGAACGGGUAUAAGGAUCCUAAUAUUAGGGAACUAUAGUAAAAGGAAGGCGGCUGCUGAUAUUAAUCUUAAGAAAAAGAAGAAGAAGAUUACUAGCGAAAUUAUUGUUAAAGGGAUUCGUUUUUUUACCGAAGUUAUUAAAGAUCCUACCCUACUGUAUAUUUUUAAUGGGGAAAGCGGAAUGCUAAGCCGAUAUUUUAGUUAUUUAUGUUGGCUAGUAAUUGUAUCUUUCUAUUAUAUAUAUUAA